CUUGUUUACAAACACCGAUCAGCUGACGAGCGAAGUCGGCGAAUUUCCCUUGUUGAUGACGAUGGCGUUGCUAAUUUUCGGUGUAUUAUUUUUGUGAACAUUUUGCGAGCUCUGGUGGUGUUUGUGUGUUUUAAAAAGAUUAACAAGAAAUAGUUAUCAAAAUGAUGAAGCAGAAGCAACAUGCGGAGAUUGUGAAGGCUAUACAGAGAAAUCGCAGUGGUAGUAAUCCAAAGGCUCUGUACAAGCAGUUUCCAGACAUAAACCAGCAGACAUUGGGCAGUAUCUAUUGCCAAGAGAUGCAGAAAAAAGUGAAGAAAUCAUUCCACAAGAUAAAUGCUCCAGAAAAUGCAAACCACUUAUAUCAGAGCUUCCUGGCAAAUGUGGAGUGCAACGAACCUCCUGGAAUCUUGAUAAGGAUGGCAAGAGAAUUGGAUUUUUCUCCUGCGAUGCUGAGCAAAAUGAUUCUGGAGCAGUAUUUGUGUGCUGCCAUGCCCCAUAUGACAAUUAGCAAGACCCAUGUAAAUCGGCUUCUGCGAGACACAACACAAAUAAUGGACCGAGAUUUAAGCUAUGAGGUUUAUAUGUGCCUUCUUGAGGAUGAUGUUUAUGGACCAUUUGCUGACAGUAUUAAACAUUCCAUCGGUCAUGAAUAUGAAUUUUUGCUGAGACGAAACCUGGAGAAGUUGAAUAUAAGCUACCACAAUGAAGACGAGUUGCGGUUGAAGGGUUAUGAUAAGACUCCAGAUAUCAAGUUAGAUAUACCUAUUGCUGUUGAUGGCCAAGUAAUCAACUGGAUUGAGAGCAAGGCAUCAUUUGGUGAUGAAGAGAACCACCGGACAUAUCUCAAGGACCAAUUUUGGAGUUAUUGGAACAGGUUUGGUCCUGGGUUAGUGAUAUACUGGUUUGGCUUCAUUGAGGAGUUAGAUGAACACCAAGACAAAGGAAUCAUGUUGCGGGAUUCCUUCCCUUCAAACAUCAUCUUGAUGGAUCCACUUUCAGUAGCAUGAGGUGGAUAUUUAAGAAUUAUAUCAUAUCAUUUGUCACAGAGAUCAUAUCAAGUUAUGUUGUGCUGAUAAAUGUGAGUUACUUGACUUUGUACAGAUAUAUUUUUUUUGAGAUAUUCAGUACUGUAAAGUGAUAGAUUAUUUGUAUUUCAUGAAAAAUUGAGUGUAAAUAGGUAAUUAUUGCUAUAGUGUCUUUUUACCAAACUACAACACAGUCAUGAAAAGAAUAUUAUUAGAAGAUCUGUUGUACGUAUAUAUUUGUUAAAAAAGGAAAAUUAAAUUGUGAAAAAUUA